UCUUGACUAGAUUUCCAGCAACAGCUGGUUUAGCAGAAUGUAACGCGUCAACCAGUGUGACGAUUCAAAGUUGUGUUUAUGUGUUAUCUGCAACUUUCCAUGGGGUUUCUCUGGGCUGCGUAGCAGCUUCUUAAAAGGAGCACCAUGGCCAUGUGGAUACAGGCUCAACAGCUGCAGGGAGAAGCUUUACACCAGAUGCAGGCGCUGUAUGGCCAGCAUUUUCCCAUCGAAGUGCGGCACUACUUGGCCCAGUGGAUAGAGGGCCAACUUUGGAAUUCAGUAGAGUUGGAUAACCCAGCAGAGGAAACCAAAGCCAAGCGACUUCUGGAUAACCUGGUGGCGGAGCUCCAGAGGAAAGCACAGCUUCAGGGAGGGGAGGAUGGUUUUCUUCUCAAGAUCAAGCUGGGACACUAUGCAAAUCAACUAAAGAGCACAUAUGACCGCUGUCCUUUGGAGCUUGUGCGCUGCAUCAAACACAUCCUGCUCUCUGAGCAGCGGUUGGUUCAAGAAGCUUCAAAUGUGAGUUGUGCGAGUGGGGGGCAGGUCCUGGACAGCCUCUCCCAGCGGCAUCAGCAGAUCAACCAGUCCUUUGAGGAGCUCCGAUUAGCCACACAGGAGACUGAAAAUGAAUUGAGAAAGCUUCAGCACAGCCAGGAGUAUUUCAUCAUCCAGUACCAGGAAAACCUGCGUCUCCAGGCCCAGUUGAGCAAUUUGAGCUCCCUGCCUCCAGCAGAGCGCACCCAAAGGGAAACCACUCUCCAAAACAAGAGAGCUACUUUGGAGACCUGGCUGGCCAGAGAAGCAAGCACACUACAGAAAUACAGGCUUGACCUGUCAGAACAACACCAGAAAACCCUGGUCGUUCUUAGGAAACAACAGACUUUGAUCCUGGAUGAGGAGCUUAUCCAGUGGAAGAGGAGGCAGCAGCUAGCAGGCAAUGGGGGUCCUCAUGAGGGAGGACUCGAUAUCCUCCAGUCCUGGUGUGAGAAGCUGGCAGAUCUAAUCUGGACUAACAGGCAGCAAAUCCGACGCUGUGAACAUCUUACUCAACAACUUCCUCUGCCAGGCCCCAUGGAAGAUCUACUCAACAAACUCAAUGCUGACAUUACAGAUAUAAUCUCUGCCUUAGUCACUAGCACCUUCAUCAUUGAAAAGCAACCGCCCCAGGUGUUAAGGACCCAGACCAAGUUUGCAGCCACAGUGCGCCUUCUGGUGGCCGGGAAACUUAAUGUCCACAUGAAUCCACCUCAAGUCAAGGCUGUCAUUGUUAGUGAGCAACAGGCCAAAGCUCUACUCAAGAAUGAAAGCACACACAGUGAAAGUAGUGGGGAAAUCCUGAACAACAACUGUGUCAUGGAGUAUCACCAGGCCACAGGCACCCUCAGUGCACACUUCAGAAACAUGUCUCUAAAGCGGAUCAAGCGUUCGGACCGCCGAGGAGCAGAGUCAGUGACGGAGGAAAAGUUCACUGUUCUGUUUGAGUCACAGUUCAGCAUUGGAGGCAAUGAGUUGGUCUUUAAUGUCAAAACUUUAUCACUACCUGUCGUAGUGAUAGUUCAUGGUAGUCAGGACAACAAUGCCACAGCAACAGUACUAUGGGACAACGCUUUUGCUGAACCAGGCAGGGUUCCAUUUGUCGUGCCAGACAAAGUUCUAUGGACCCAACUUUGUGAGGCGCUUGAUAUGAAGUACAAAGCAGAAAUGCAUAGUGAACAUGGGCUGUCAGAGGAUAAUCUGGUCUUCUUGGCGCAGAAAGCUUUCACAAGUACAAGUAAUAAUGCAGAAGAAUUCCGCAACAUGACCAUAUCAUGGGCCCAGUUUAACAGGGAAAGCUUACCUGGACGUAACUUCACCUUCUGGCAGUGGUUCGAUGGUGUUAUGGAACUCAUGAAGAAACAUCUCAAGCCUCAUUGGAAUGAUAGGGCCAUCCUGGGUUUUGUUAACAAGCAACAGGCACAGGACAUGCUAAUGUCCAAACCUAACGGCACAUUCCUGCUAAGAUUCAGCGACUCUGAGAUUGGCGGUAUCACCAUUGCUUGGGUGGCUGAGAACCCCAACAAACCAGCAGGUGAAAGGCUCGUAUGGAAUCUUUUGCCUUAUACAACCAAGGACUUCUCCAUUCGCUCCUUAGCUGACCGCAUCAGUGAUCUGAAUCAUCUUCUGUUUCUCUAUCCUGACCGGCUCAAAGAUGAGGUCUUUGCCAAGUACUACACGCCUCAACUAUCAAAAGCAGUGGAUGGUUACGUAAAACCACAGAUCAAACAAGUUGUGCCAGAAUUCACCACUCCCAACCCUGAACCAAGCGGAACAACUCCCAUCUUCAUGGACCAGACAUCUUCUCCCUCUGUUGUCAACCCCAACAAUUUUGCCGCCUUCCCCUCAAUGGCGGACACCAUGUUGGAUGCAGAGGCAGAAUUUGACCUGGAUGACACCAUGGAUGUGGCUCGACAUGUGGAGGAGCUGCUCCGUAGGCCCAUGGCUAACCAAUGGAGUAGUCAGCAGUCCUGAAUGAGACACAUGCCAUCACUCAUGUGACCGUGUCACCAGAGACCCGCAAAAGGGACUUUAUAGACGGGACUUUGUGUAAAGAUAACAGUCAGGUAUUGAAUUGCCUUUUGUUUAUCCCCGUUUACACUGCACACCAAAUCAGAUUUUUUUUUUGCCCUCAAUGACACAGAUCUGAUUUUUUUUUGCCAGUCUAAACGCUCCAAAGUGCUUCAAAUCUGAUCUUUUUGCACCAGGAGGUAGUCCAAAUCCAAUUGGAAGCUGAUCUUUUUAAAUAUGACUUCAGUCUAAACGCAAUGACCCGUAUGUGACUUUUUCAUCAGCUUUGUGCGAGCUAUGUCAUUCGUGUGAGCAGGGAAAGACAGAGCCUGCCAGCGGAAGUGGAUAUUUCAUCACAACAUCCGGUUACGGAGAGCUUUUUUCGACGGCUGAAUUUUCGGUGCAUCACUAGUGAAUAGUGUGAAAAUAAUAGGCUAAAUGUAAUAUAUGAAUAUGUAUUUUGAGUCCGAAGAAAUAGCGAUUAAAAAAAACAAAAAACGGAAUUGACACUGUGGCGUAAUUGCUUAUGUAACGCGUAAUUGCUUACAUGUUCCGUACAUUGCAUAAAUUGUUUACGUAAGUGUGUUGAAAAAUAAAGCUAACGUAGAUCCAAACUGAUGUCCGUGUUGCCUCUACUUCACAGCCAUAAAAGGAUUAGAACCCUCAAAAAUAUAUUACACUAUACCGUAUUUUCCGCACCAUAAGGCGCCCUGGGUUAUAAGCCGCGCCUUCAAUGAACGGCAUAUUUCAAAACUUUGUCCACCUUUCAGACGCCCCGUGUUAUAAGCCGCAUCUAACUGCGCUAAAGGAAUGUCAAAAAAACAGUCAGAUAGGUCAGUCAAACUUUAAUAAUAUAUUAAAAACCAGCGUGAUGUGGGCGCGCAUGGAGUCGUAUAUCAACAUGGACGGAGCUGCGUGAAAAAAGCCACCCGGCCUCUUCGCGUAAACUUAAACUUACCUUAACCACUCGCUCAUCUUUUCUUCAUCCAUCCCUUCGAGUUAGCUUUUAUGAUGACGCCGGCUGGAAAGGUCUCUUUUGGCAAGGUCUUCCUUUUGAAUAUCACCAUGGGUGGAAGUUUCUGGCCAUUAGCAUGGCAAGCUAGAACCACAGUGAAGGAUGACUUCUCAUUCCCUGUGGUGCGAAUAUUCACCGUACGUGCUCCCGUUGUAUCCACAGUGCGGUUCACAGGAAUAUCAAAAGUCAGUGGAACCUCGUCCGUCCAUGUUGAUAAUGUUCUCUGGCCGGAUCUUUUUUUCAGCUAUCUUGUUUUUACAAUAUGCACGGAAAGUAGCCAGCUUUUCUUGAAAGUCUUUAGGCAGUUGCUGUGAAAUAGUAAUCCGUGUGCGGAUGGAGAGAUUGCGUCUUUUCAUGAACCGGAUCCCUGUCGCUUAGUAGGAGCCAUUUUGUGGUCUUUACAGAUGUAAACACACAAAGGAAAUGAAACGUACGGUAAUAUCCGCGCGCUUUUUCUUCUUCUACGCGGGCGGGUGGUUGCUUACAGUAGAAGAAGAAGCGCUUCCUGUUCUAUGGGGGCGGGUGCUUACCUUGGCGGUUGCUUGCGUAGAAGAAGAAGCACUUCCUCUUCUACGGGGAAAAAAGAUGGCGGCUGUUUACCGUAGUUGCGAGACCGAAACUUUAUGAAAAUGAAUCUUAAUAUUUAUCCAUAUAUAAAGCGCACCGGGUUAUAAGGCGCACUGUCAGCUUUUGAGAAAAUGUGUGGUUUUUAGGUGCGCCUUAUAGUGCGGAAAAUACGGUAUAUGUUCAUUCACACAUUACAUUACUUACAUUUAUUUUCACAUAUGAUAACACUCAUUUUUAAGGUGUGGCGACUUUAUUUUAUUUUGUAGUAGUUCUAGCGACUUCCUUGUUCAUUCACAGAAUCCGGUCAACUUUCUUUGUUUACACUUCAGCGAACUGCGUCAAGGUCACGUUGGGGCCACAUUGGGGCCUGUGUGUUUUUAUACUGGAGUCUGAUAAAGAUCACAUUUUACUUACAGUGUAAACAAUCGGCUAGAAAAAAAUCUGAUUUAGAAAAAAUCUGAUUUGGGCCACUUUGGCCUGCAGUGUAAACGUUGUCUUAGUGUGUUUUAGUUUGUUUGUAUGGAUUAAAAAAUCUGAAACCUGUUGGCACUAUUUGAUGGCAGCCAAAAAUGUCUGGGUUUUUUUCAGAUAUAAAUCUUACUAAUACAAAAGAACAGGAUUAUAGAUACCCACAUCAACUUCAGUAUUAAUGUAAAGAAAAUACAUAAGCUCAUCUACCUUUUUCUUCAUGUUGUAAUUGUGUAUCGGUAAUGUUUUAAUGUGUUAGGGAUGCUCAUUUACCUGUACAAUUGUACAGGCAAUUGGGUAAACUGCAUGCAAUGUAUAUAGAAAGUAUAUCAAAAACAAACAUUUGGCAUUUUAAACUGCAAUUACAUAGAUACAACUGUUUUGUUUAAUAUGUUUGCCUAAAUGUAUUCCAUAGAAGUGAGGUGUGUACAGUAUACAGACAUGUGGUCAGGAGACUAGCAUUUCUGUCUGCCAAAGCAACCAUGUAUGGCCUUCUCUAGUGGUCAGUAGUUUUAGGGAACUUGUCUGUACUUAUCGUGUUUAGGCACUGCUUUAUGCCUUCUGAACAGUAAACAUACAAGAAAUGGCAAAUUAAAUGAUAACCUUACAGAAUUUAGCAACUUUAAGAUUAGCCAAUAGUUACUUUCCUUACUGAUGAUUUGGCAACAGUGUAUACCAAAAUAUUGCCAUAAAAGAAGAGACAAGUAUUGCCUUGGUCACACACCACUUAGUAUAGUGGGAAAGUUUGUAUGUAAACUUGUUUUUCACAGAGUGACCUGAUCGUUUGCCACAAGCAUGAACUUUUCACAACUAUUUUUACUGACCUUAAAUGUAAUAUGAGCUUGGAUGAAUGAACAAUAAGUGCAAUAAAAGUAUUUUUUUUACUCGUUACACUUAGACGUUGAGCGAAGUAAUACAAUCAUAGCGAUCGAAUUUCAACAACAAAAUUCUCACAUUUACACUGACACUGUGGCCUGCAGUGCAAAUUAUUUUCAGACAUUGGCUUCAUUGGACUGUCAAAAUCUGGCAUUUUGCCGUCUAAUACUAACCUAACCGUACCUAAACACAAGCAACUCUCUGUCGCACUCAAGGUAAUAAUUAACCUUUUGAUAGCAUUUCAAGGUCCAAGGGGCCUUUCCCUAUUUGUCAUUAUCAGAGCGUAUAAAUAUACACACGAGAAUGAAAUGCUGUUCUCAACUAGCGCUCCAGUGCAAAAACAAAUAAAAAUGAUAAAAACAUACAAUUUGGAUAUGUUAUGAAAUACAGCUCUGUCAGGCUAGCUAGUAUCUUCAUUAAUAUUAACAUUUACAGUUGCAGUACUUGUACGAACGUAACUAAAAUAAUCCAAAUAUAUACAUUUGGAAAGUUGUGUUGGUAUUAAUCCAUGCAGGUUCUGACCUUUUCCUUGCAUUUAACCACAGUGACUUACUCUUCACUAGAGGGAGACAAAGCACAAGAAACUGGACAAAUUACUGUACAGUAAAACAUUACUAGACUAACUCACUUUUCACUUUUAAAUCAAUAAUAUUAUAUUACAUAUUAUGGUAAUAAUGUCAGUAAAAUACCAGCCGCCUGUGAGAAAUGGAAAGGUUCUAUUGCCUUAAAGCCUAAAGCCCACGUCAGAAAACUACAAACAAGGUUUGGCGCCCCACUGAAAAAGAAGAGUCACAAGGAAUAGUUAACAUGGCAAAUGUAGAACUCCAAUAUGGAACACAUGUAUCAGACCACCACCCAUUGUUUAAAUUUACUGGUAUGGGGAAAAAAAAGAAAAAUGGUAAAUUACAUUUUUAGUCAUUAUUAUUUCUUCAUAAGACAUCAAAUUGUAGUUAUCUAAUUAAAUUUAUGAACAGAGUGAGCAUCUCAAACUAUUGAAAUUAUAUAUUUUGAAAUGUGUUUAUUUUAAAAAAUUGAAUUGUUUUAGUUUACUUGACAAAUAAAUAACCAGAACAUUUUUAGUUUUUAACAUAUUUGUAUUAUAUUUGUUCAAUAGAUGUUGGGUUUUUUUACACAGAUUUGUCCAGCACGAAACAAUGAUUGUGUAGCUCUUGUAUCCUUUAUUUUUCUGUAUUGGGCUUUUUUGGAGGAAAAAAAAAUCUGGAUACAGCUGCCUUACAGUGAGUUUCCAUAUGUGGUUACUUGCCUUGUUUACAUGACCCUUCUUAAAAAUAUUCAAUGCCUGUUACCAUGCUGCCUUUCUUAUCUUCAUCGUAGACUCAACAUGAGUUUUUUACCAGAUUUUUAACGACUAUACAUUGGGGAAAACAAGUAUUUGAUACCCAUGUGAAAUUUUAAUUGUAGAUUUAUUUUUACAGAAAGAUCACUCAUUUCCCCCAUUGUAUAAUAUGUUUCUCCCACCGGUGUUAUUUACUCUAUCUACUGUGAUUUUUGGAAAAGCAAGUUGCAGUGCUUACAGACCGCUGUACAUUGGAUUUCAUCACUCUGUCUUGACUGUCAUUACUUAACCUACCGUAUUUAUAAAUGGUUGAUUUAUAUAGGCUAGUAAGGUAAAGUUUUGUACCUGACAAGGAGCCUAUAUAAAUCAACCGUUUAUAAAUACACGUCAGUGGGCUAAAUGAACCUCUUCAACAUUCUUAACUUACAGUAUAGAGCCGCACCUACUACAUUUUAGAAGAACCUUUUUUUCCCCAUAUAUUAGCCGCACCAGACAAUAAGCUGCAGAUAAAUAUGUUGUGGAUUUAGUUAUAUACACAGACAUAUUCUGUAAAUGUUUAUUUACAUACCUUAAUUGUUUCCAAAUGGUGUUUGUAACACGGCAGUUAAACAAAUGAUCAAACAAAAGACGAGUCAUCGCCAUGGACCCAAUCAGCUAAACAGUCUCAAUAACUCCACGGUGACGUUUUGGUGAGGCUACUGAGGAAACAAUACAAAAAGAAUGCUAUUAGUUAAUAAUACUAACACAGACACUUGUAAACAUGUUACCAUAUUAGCUCAUGCUAACGACGCUAGUGUCAUUACAUUACGAUAUAAAUGCAUGAAAACACUCCGACAGACAUCACACAUGGGACGGCUUAGUAAGUAAGAAUUGUUUUAGUUAUAUUGUAAAACUUAAAAAUGUUAAUUGCAGUGAUGAGUGAAGAAUCCUUACGAGUAGAAACUAGGGAUGGCUGGAAGGCAAAAAGGCACUACCCCUAAAUGGAAAGACACUUGCAGUGAGCAAACUUGAUCAUAAGCUGGCGCCGUAGCACAAACGAUAAAACAUUUUCUAGGUGUAUUUGCUUGUUUUUUGGGGCUUUUUUAAAAAAAAUUUUUAAAUCCAUAAAUUAGCCGCACCGUCUUAUAAACUGCAGGGUUCAAAGUGUAAGAAAAGAGUAGCGGCUUACAGUCCGGAAUUUACAGAAAAUUUAAGGUAUUCUAUUAGAUGCCUUUCUUGUUGCUGCUUAAAUGCACUGCAGUAUUAAGGUAGAAGACGGGUACUUUGAUGAAGGUCAAGUAAGGAGAGUCAAGCAAGAAUGAAGUAUUUAUGGUCACCCUAAAUGUGAAUAAACGUGUUUAGUUUUUCGUUUUGUUUUGUUUUUAUUGUGGACCCUAAUCGUGCUUAUUGAAUGCAUAACAGUUGUCAAAAUAAAAACCGAUCGAUCUUUAUGGAGAAAAUGCAUAUGCCUCAUAAUGACAUUGUUUUAAGUGAACAAUUGUUGAUCUUUUGAUCGUGAAAUGAAAUGGAAACAUAUUCUGGGUUGUACUUACUAUGAUCUGGUCCUGCUUUUGGAAUUGCUAAGGGACAAGACUGUUCAGUACAGUCUAGGACUUUUAGAGACAUGCCAGUCAUCUAAGGCUCAACAAAAUAAUCUUCAAAAAACGGGGGGGGUCCAAAGUGCGGACCGGGUGCCAUUUGUGGCCUUUUUGGUCGUUGGUAUAUUCCUAAAAAUUAAAUAUAGUAAAGCCUUGUUUAUUGCGGUCAAUUGGUUCUGGACCUGACCGUGGUAAAUUUAUUUCACAAAGAAGGAAUUGUCAUUUUAAAAGUAAUAUUUUUAUAGCUAGAGCAUAAAAAAACCUAUUUACUACCUUCAAAAUACAAUUAACAGGACACAAUACCUAGACAUUAAAUAAUGCCCACAUGGUCACUUUUACACUCGUUAUAUCCAAUAUUGUAAAGCAUCCUGAGGCUGAGCCAAUUGGUGGCCAUGACACUGAACAGCAUUCUGAUUGGUUUGGUCUCAUCUAGUGGCCAGUACGGCUGUAAUAUUUAUAAUUUUAGUUCAUUUAGCCAUUUUUAUGCUUGAAAAUCAUUAGGUAAAAGUUUGGCCAAAAAAACGUAGAAUUUGCCCGAUAUGUCAAGGGACGACUGUUAGUAUACAUGAGAGAUAUUAUACUAAUAAUGCUUUGUCAGCUAUAACACAAUAGCUCAAUGUAAGUUUUUUUCAAAUAGCUUAGCAUAUAUAUUGACCUUAAAUGGAUUGAUUUUACUAACUUUGAAAGUCAAAAGGUAGUCCCUAAAUUUUUUUUGUAUGCAGCCCUCGGUCAAAAAAGUUUGGAUACCCCUAGUUUGAAGGAUGUGAAUUAAAAAUACACCGAAACCUCAAGGAAACAUGCUGUGACAAAAAGCCAAACCAGCCUCAAAUUAUUUUAACAUGGUAUACUAUAUUAACUGUACAUAAUGUCCUGUGGAUACACACUGUACAGUAGGGAAGGUAUUCAUAUGGCCCCAUUCCUGGGUGGAUCUUGUGUGAGAGGAAGGGUGGGGGGGGGCUUAAUCAUUGUUGCAAUGCAGUCUGCUGAAAAUGAUGGAAAGCACCACUCUACAUAGCAACUGAUGCUGUGGUCAAAGUUGAAAUUGCCACAAAACACAUUUUAGGAUAUUCAACACUCUCCUGCCAUCCCCCAAUUCAUCACUUUUCAUGUGUCAGGUUAACUGUGACAAAUAAGGCCAUAUGAAUCCCCUUCCUACUGUAAUUGUGCGAUUAUCAGUGAGGAAGCACUCAUGCUCACAUUAACAAUUACUUGGUGUUCUUGCUUGUGUCGACAUAUAAAAGUACAUGUCUUACAUGGGCUGCCCAAGUUCCUGCCGUUUGUACAGUCUGUAGCUUGCUUGUACAAAUUAUGCUUUAUUUUGUUUGAGUUUUGUGAAUAUGGGAAAUUAAAAGUAUUUUUUGCCA